AUGAAGUACAUUGCUCUCCUCGCAGGCCUCAUCGGCCUCGCUGCCGCCCUCCCCAGCCCGUCUCAGUCCCAGCAACUCACGCGUGUCCACCGCCGCCGCCCUACCCAAGUCCGGAGCUCGAGCUUCAACCAGAAGCAAGUCUCGACCUCGGCCCUCGACGUCCUCAACUCCACACACACGAGCUACUCACUCAACUGGGCCGGUGCGGUGCAGGUCGGCAGCGGCUUCAAGAAAGUCGUCGGCACCGUCACGGUCCCCCAGGCCUCGGGCGGCUCCGGGGCCGCCGCCUCGGCGUGGGUCGGCAUCGACGGUGACACGUGUGGCCGGGCCAUCCUGCAGACGGGCAUUGACUUCUACGGCGACGGCCGCUUCGACGCGUGGUACGAGUGGAUUCCUGAUGGCUCGUUCGCCUUCCCGGACUUUGGCAUGAGCGUGGGCGACCAGAUUCGCAUGACGGUCGAGGCCCAUACGUCGACGUCUGGCGUCGCGACGCUGGAGAACCUGACCACGGGGCAGACCAUCUCGCACGACUUCACUAACCCGCCCUCGGAGCUGUGCGAGGAAAAUGCCGAGUGGAUCGUCGAGGACUUCAUCAUGAACGGCAAUCUGAUCCCCUUUGCCAACUUUGGAUCGGUUACGUUCACGGAGGCGAGCGCCGAGGGCUCGUCUGGCACGGUCACGCCUGCGGGUGCCCAAAUAUUCGACAUCAUCGCCAACAACAAGGUCAUCACGGACUGCAAGGCGAACGGCGACGAUCUGACUUGCGACUACACCGGCUGA